AAAACACUCACUAGUCUCUGCAACUUUAUUUUUGUUCAAAAUACGCUGCUUUUACUUUGCCCGUUUCAUUGAAGCUCCUCUCUCUCCCUUUCUUUCUUUCUUUCUCUCUGUAGAAUUUGUUAACUUUAACUUUCUCACUCUAAAAUCUGCCCUCAUUGUCUCGCCUCUGUCUACUUUCAAGAAUUGAUGUCUCUUCAACACUUUCUCUUAUUUUAAGUCUCUCUCUCUUUGCUACAUUUCCUUUUUUUCUGUCUCUGCCAUUAAACCUUCUCUCAAGAACAAAAAAGAAAGAAAGCCCUCACAUUGCUUUGUCCAAAGAGAGUCUUAGAAUCUCAAACCUAUCUCUUAGGGAGAAACCCUGAUUCUAUAUUCUUACUUGCUUUCCUUUAAGUUUCUGUCUCGUCCAGAGGGACAAAGCCCCCCAAUUCCAGUCAAUUUCCUUUGUUUUUGAUGGAUUGAGUUUCUUUCUGUUGGAGAAAGAAAAAGAAAAGAGCUACACAUACACUUGCAGAGAAGAAGCAACAAUGAGAGAAGAGAAAUCCAAGACUAAUAAGCUGGCAUGGUCCAAGAAGAUGGUAAGGAAAUGGUUCAAUAUCAAAAGCAAAACAGAGGAGUUUCAAGCAGAUGAUCCUUCUUCUGCUGGAAUUGAAGUAGAGCAUAGAAGUAGCUUUUCAGCUGAGAAAGCACCUUCCACAAUCAAGAAUACCAAAACUGAGAAACUCAGUAAGAACUGGGAGCAGCAAGCUCGGCAAAGGAGAAUGAAUUAUGAGAAUCCUAGGAUCAUUGAUGUCCAAAACUACAGCAUCUUUGUGGCUACAUGGAACGUAGCUGGACGCUCUCCUCCUUCAGACUUAAACCUUGAUGAGUGGCUUCAUUCAUCAGCUCCUGCUGAUAUCUAUGUACUCGGAUUCCAAGAGAUUGUUCCUCUUAAUGCUGGAAAUGUCCUUGGAGCUGAAGACAAUGGACCUGCUCAGAAAUGGCUCUCUCUUAUCCGAAAAACGCUUAAUAACCGACCAGGAACUAGCGGAACCAGCGGUUAUCACACGCCUUCCCCUAUCCCUGUGCCUAUGGCAGAGCUUGAUGCUGAUUUCUCUGGAUCUACAAGGCAAAAGAACUCUACUUUCUUCCACAGACGGUCUUUUCAGACCCCGAGUAGUACAUGGAAUGAUCCUUCUAUUCCUCAGCCAGGUCUUGACCGUCGUUUCAGCGUCUGUGACCGUGUCUUCUUCAGCCACAGGCCAAGUGAUUUCGACCCGAGUUUCCGUGGUAGCAGCAGCAGUCAUAGGCCUAGUGAUUACUCUAGAAGGCCUAGUGAUUAUUCUAGAAGGCCUAGUGACUAUUCCAGAAGGCCUAGUGAUUAUUCCAGAAGACCCAGUGAUUCAAGACCGAGUGACUACUCUAGACCAAGUGAUUACUACUCUAGACCGAGUGAUUAUUCACGGCCAAGUGACUUCUCAAGGUCUUCAGAUGAUGAUAAUGGUCUUGGGGAUUCUCCAAGCACUGUCUUGUACUCACCAGGUUCUGCAGCAAACGAGAAUGGAUAUAGGAUCCCAUGGAACUCUUCGCAGUAUUGUUUAGUUGCUAGCAAACAAAUGGUGGGUGUCUUCUUAACCAUUUGGGUGAAAAGUGAGCUAAGAGAACACGUCAAGAACAUGAAAGUAUCUUGUGUUGGCAGGGGACUGAUGGGUUAUCUUGGAAAUAAGGGAUCAAUCUCAAUAAGCAUGUUGCUCCAUCAAACAAGCUUUUGCUUCGUUUGUACGCACUUGACUUCGGGACAAAAAGAAGGCGAUGAGCUAAAGAGAAACUCUGAUGUCAUGGAGAUACUGAAGAAAACGAGGUUUCCGCGCGUUAAGAGUUCAGAGGAAGAAAAGUCCCCUGAGAACAUCCUUCAGCAUGACCGGGUAAUAUGGCUUGGCGAUCUAAACUACCGUAUAGCACUGUCUUAUCGAUCUGCCAAAGCGCUUGUUGAGAUGCAGAAUUGGAGAGCUUUACUUGAAAAUGACCAGUUAAGAAUUGAGCAAAAACGAGGCCAUGUGUUUAAGGGAUGGAAUGAAGGAAAGAUUUAUUUCCCACCAACGUACAAGUACUCGAGGAACUCAGAUAGAUACUCUGGAGAUGAUUUGCAUCCCAAGGAGAAACGUCGCACUCCUGCUUGGUGUGAUAGGAUAUUGUGGUUUGGUGAAGGACUGCAUCAGUUAUCUUAUGUAAGAGGAGAGUCACGGUUCUCUGAUCAUAGACCGGUCUACGGCAUUUUCUGUGCAGAGGUUGAGUCAGCUCAUAAUAGGAUAAAGCGAACAACGAGUUACUCCGCUUCACGGGUCCAAGCUGAAGAGCUCUUACCUUACUCCCGUGGAUACACCGAGCUCAGCUUCUUCUAGAAACACACAAAUUCCCAUUUUUUCUGCUUUUUACGGUAACUUUUUCUUCAUUUCUCUUUUCUUUUACAUCUUAGGUUUAAACUUGUGAUAAAAUGCCAGAAACAGUUAGAUUAAUAGUCACCAAACCGACAGAUUAGGACAUAAGUAGAUAAAAAUGUUGAGUCACUGUGUCAGUGACUUGAGCUGGUCCAAAACCAAAGAAGUCCAUAAGUAUCUGUGGUCCUCGUGAGAUUCAAAUAGAUCAAGUCUAUAUAGGGAGACCAGUCUACAAAUUCUGCAUUUAUGUGCAAAGAUGUAAUCUCAACCAAGAAAUGAGGCAACUCCUUCUCUUAGAUCAUUUAAGAUCACCCAACUGAUUUUGAUUUCCCCGGAAAUAAAAAGGACCCCAGUUGAUCUUGCAUCCGGAUUAGGAUAAGGAAUCCAAUAUUGAAGCUUGAUAAGAUUGUCUACUGCAUAUUAUCAAAUCUUUGUCUCUUUUUGUUUGUUUGUCUUACUGCUUUAAACUCUGCAAUGCAUCGGCAAUAAAUCAUAAUAUUUCAAACUUAUUGGUUCUUAACUUUGUGCGGUCUUGAGAAAUGUUUUCACUCAUGGUAGAAAUGGAUUGGCUUUUGUCAGGUGAACAAAAGUUUUUUGGUUCUUUGAGAGUGAUUGAGACAUUCCAUAGCCACUUUAACUCAAAGGGAACAGGCGUUGAAUGUGUUUUGUUGUGAAUUAUAAUUUUGGCCUCGGUUAACCAAUUUUCACAUACCGGCGGUUCUGAGGCAUAUCCGGUUCAUAGCAUGGUUUUUGCUAACUCUAGUGGAUGUUACUUUUACAGCGACGUUAUAAGGAAUCAACUAACCCAUUCAGAAACUGCCAAGUGGAUAGAUGGAAGUUCUUUGAUUUUUUUUUUUGUUUAAUUCUCAUUCUUUUGAUUUAACUUAGCAUUAGGGAAAUAUCGUUUUCUUUUCGUUCUUAUUUAGUACUGUGUCCCCUAGAUAAUCAUAUAUUGUAAUGCUUAUUAUAUAAGGUUUUACGUAAAGAAUAUCUGAAAAUAUACAAAAAGAAAUAUUCAAAUUUGCACUUUAUUUAUGAAAAUUUCCAAAAAGGAAAAGUGAACUGAUACCGCAUUGUAAUUAUCGUUGGACUGAAAAAAGUUUG